UCUCCAGGACCGCGUACCGCUAUGGUCGGUCAGAUUUUUCCUGUUCUUCGCUUUGUCUAUGGAUCGCUGAACGUCCACCAUGUCGGAUCGCAUCCGACUGAACAUUGCAUACUUAGCAAAUAACCUGAGCACGUCGAUCCUGCUGGAGGAGCUUCUGGAAGACGAAGUUCUGACGCUCGAUGAAUACAGAAAAGUUCUUGAAGAGAAAAGUAAAGGUGAACUGGAGGUUAGGAAACAACUUGUGCGAUGCAUGCUGGAGAAAAGUGAGAGCGAUGUGGCCGCGUUCCUCGCCACUGUUGGCAAGCACCAACCGUUCAUCGUCGAGCACGUUGAAGACACGAUCCGCCGCAAAACGACUGGCCCGGGGAGGGCCGCUAGCGUGGACACGGACACAGGCUCUCCACCACACAAGAAGACAGACGAGACGCAAGCGGCGUCGACAACAGCCGCCUUCUCCAAGCAUGACAAGCCAGUUCACAGCUCAGACACACAACCACCCUCGAAACAGGCUGAGUUUUCUUUGCCCGAGCUCGACCAACAUUUCACCGGCAGAAAUGAGAUAGUCGGGGAGGUGUGUGACAAUAUUCUUGGACCGGCUGGCACACCAGAAUCUUCUGUCCAGGUCCACAACCUUGUUGGACCACCUGGGUUUGGCAAGACGUCAGUGGCUAUUGCUGUUGCCAGCGGGUGUCAGGACAAGGGCAUGCAGGUGAUGUUUGUAGACUUGCGCGGUGUCACAUCUCCAUCAUUGGCGCAGGCGUUGCUUGACAGGGCCCUGGGUGACACUUACACGAAUGGCAGGGGAAGUUAUGGUGCAGUGCCAGGUGUCUUACAGUCGAAACAGAAGGAUGUGAGAACGCUGGUGGUUCUGGACAAUGCGGAGGACUGCAUCAAGAGUGCCACGGAGCAAGAGUUUCAACUGCAGGAUGUAGUGAAUCAGAUUAUCACCCGCAGCAGGACUGUCAGUGUUCUACUGACAAGCAGGGUCCACCUGGAGCUUCAUGCAGCCAAGUUCAAGCUUGAACAGUAUAGUAUCGGCUGCCUGGAGGUGAAACCAGCUCAAGAUCUGCUUAUGAGUCUGACGUUGCCGAGGAGCCGAACGGCGCGGGAAGCGGCUGAAUUGGUUCGCCACUGCGGUUACGUCCCUUUAGCAAUUCGAAUCACAGCCAGUGCAAUGUUGGGUGGUCGCCGAAAUGCAAAGAUGAUGCUGAAGCUUUUGGUCAAGAUUGGUGUGGACGUGUUCGACGAUGAGAAAUUGAAACCGAAUGAACGCAUCACACGCCUUCUGAAAAUAGCACAUGAUGACCUGAGCAAAGAGGAGCAAGAAUCUUUCCAUGCUCUCUCACAUUUCCCAGCCAAGUUUUCACCAGAUGCAGCCGGCGCCAUGAUCAAGUUACGCAGAAGUAACAAGACAGCCGUCCAUCACUACUGGUUUGAUCCGCUGAUCAGAAUUUGCUUUCUUGAGUAUUGUCCCGAGACAGAGCGCUACUCGAUGCAGCCGUUCAUUGCAGAGUUCGGCCGGAAGAUGAGCACUGAGGAUGAGAGUCGCACAUAUAUACAACGGUUAUGCCACAUAAAUAUGGAUUGUUGGCAGCGUGCGGUGUGUGCAGAGGCAGCCAAAGACGAGGAGACUGAUCCAGGACAAGUUCUAAUGUAUUGUCUAAUUGACCAACCAAACUUUGCAUAUACUCUGGAAUGCAUUGCCGAUGGUGCUAUUCUAGCGGAUGAGCUAGUGGAGCAGUAUGCUAACCUUCUCUCAUCUCAAAUCAUGUGUUCGUAUCUUUGGAAAAAAAGUGGCCCUUCUGUUCUGGCUAUGUGUCUGACGGCCACAUCAUUUAAAUUGCUCCCACCGCACACUCAACUCAGUUUGCUGUUCAAUUACAUCGCGUUCCUACCUGUAGAUGGGAGUGCAGCACAUCAACUGAAUAUCAACAGUGUCAUGGCAGCAGCACAGCAUCUGGUUGAUACGUGCGAGAAAGAUUUGUCAUCUAUCAGCAUUCUUGAAUAUCACCUCUGUAAUGUGGCAGUGUCUCUCCGCCGCACCGUGGUAGAACAAACAGGUGAAGCAGCUCGCAGCUUUGAAGGUGCAGCUCAUGUGGCAUAUGUCUAUGCUUCUAAGAUGAUGGAUUCUUCUUCUUCUCCAGCCACUGAGACAACUGCUGCUCAGCUCACAAUGCAAUUGGCCAACUGUGUUGCUCUUGACAAGGCUCCGGAUAUGCUGGAAUUGGAAUGCAUUGCAAAGCAGAUUGGUCUGUCUUCCUCAUCGCAAUGGUAUGAGUGGACAGACAACUGUGGAAUGAUCGAGAUAUUUACCUUCGCUAUGCGGGCACUUCUCAUCAGGGCUUCGUCCACUGAAGAUUCUUCCAUGUCAGUGUCACCAGUACUACUGGGUGCAAUUGCAGCACAACGCCAUAUGCUGUCUGCACUUUUGUACGGCCAGUUUGAUGAGGUGACUGAUUUCACCUGUCUGCAUAUUUACUCACUCGUCCAUGCUCUGGGU